GCGCAGGCAGCGAGGCCGGGUUACAGGGACGGCCUGGGGUUCCGGCCGGGCCACUGCUUGGGAAGGAAGAAGGUGAAGCCACCGCAGCUGGGUCAGGCGCUCUUAGGGCCGAGGGGCGCUGCAACUGUCAAGAGGGCACCACUUCUGGGAGCUCCUGGAAGACUGUGGACCUUCAAGGACCGAAGCUCCCUGCCAUGCUGAGGCCUGGAGUCCCCAUGGCCUCACUGAGCCGAGCCCUACGUGUGGCCGCUGCCCACCCUCGCCAGAGCGCUACCCGGAGCCUGGGACCAUGCAACCUGUCCAGCGCAGCUGGCCCCACAGCUGAGAAGAGCGUGCCAUAUCAGCGGACCCUGAAGGAGGGACAGGGCACCUCGGCGGUGGCUCAAGGCCCAAGCCGGCCCCUGCCCAGCACAGCCAACGUGGUGGUCAUUGGUGGAGGCAGCUUGGGCUGCCAGACCCUGUACCACCUGGCCAAGCUGGGCGUGAGUGGAGCGGUGCUGCUGGAGCGGGAGCGGCUGACCUCAGGGACCACCUGGCACACGGCAGGCCUGCUAUGGCAGCUGCGCCCCAGUGACGUGGAGGUGGAGCUUCUGGCCCACACUCGGCGAGUGGUGAGCCAGGAGCUGGAGAAGGAGACGGGGCUGCACACGGGCUGGAUCCAGAACGGGGGCCUGUUCAUUGCCUCUAACCGGCAGCGCCUGGACGAGUACAAGAGGCUUAUGUCGUUGGGCAAGGCGUAUGGUGUGGAAUCCCAUGUGCUGAGCCCGGCGGAGACCAAGACUCUGUACCCGCUGAUGAACGUGGAUGACCUCUACGGGACCCUGUAUGUGCCACAUGAUGGUACCAUGGACCCCGCUGGCACCUGUACCACCCUCACCAGGGCGGCUGCUGCCCGAGGAGCACAGGUCAUUGAGAACUGCCCAGUGACCGGCAUUUGUGUGCGUACGGAUGAUUUUGGGGUGCGGCGGGUCGCGGGCGUGGAGACACAGCACGGCUCCAUCCAGACGCCCUGCGUGGUCAACUGUGCAGGAGUGUGGGCAAGUGCCGUGGGCCGGAUGGCCGGAGUCAAGGUCCCGCUGGUGGCCAUGCACCACGCCUAUGUCGUCACUGAGCGCAUCGAGGGGAUUCAGAACAUGCCCAACGUCCGUGAUCACGACGCCUCUGUCUACCUCCGCCUCCAAGGGGACGCCUUGUCUGUGGGUGGCUAUGAGGCUAACCCCAUCUUUUGGGAGGAGGUGUCAGACAAGUUUGCCUUCGGCCUCUUUGACCUGGACUGGGAAGUGUUCACCCAGCACAUUGAAGGCGCCAUCAACCGGGUCCCCGUGCUGGAGAAGACGGGGAUCAAGUCCACUGUCUGCGGCCCUGAAUCCUUCACACCUGACCACAAGCCUCUGAUGGGGGAGGCACCUGAGCUGCGAGGGUUCUUCCUGGGCUGUGGCUUCAAUAGCGCAGGAAUGAUGCUGGGUGGUGGCUGUGGGCAGGAGCUGGCCCACUGGAUCAUCCACGGGCGCCCGGAGAAGGACAUGCAUGGCUAUGACAUCAGGGUGAUGGGGAGGUGCUGCCAUGUUUUGGGAGCAGAGAGUGCAUCUGUGCUGGUGAGGCGCUUCCAUCACUCGCUCACGGACCACCCCCGCUGGAUCCGAGAGCGCAGCCACGAGUCCUACGCCAAGAACUACUCCGUGGUCUUCCCCCACGAUGAGCCGCUGGCCGGGCGCAACAUGAGGAGAGACCCACUGCAUGAGGAACUCCUUGGACAAGGCUGCGUGUUCCAGGAGCGGCACGGCUGGGAGCGGCCAGGAUGGUUUCACUCCCGAGGCCCAGCUCCGGUCCUUGCAUAUGACUACUACGGGGCUUACGGGAGCCACGCGCACCGGGACUACGCCUACCGCCGGCUGCUGGGGGCUGAGUACACCUUCGACUUCCCGCCCCACCACGACUCGAUCAAGAAGGAGUGUCUGGCCUGCAGAGGGGCUGCUGCUGUGUUUGACAUGUCCUACUUCGGGAAGUUCUACCUGGUGGGGCUGGAUGCAAGGGAGGCUGCCGACUGGCUCUUCACCGCAGACGUCAGCCGACCCCCAGGCUCCACCGUGUACACGUGCAUGCUCAACCAGCGUGGGGGCACCGAGAGUGACCUGACCGUCAGCCGUCUGGCACCCGGCCCCCAGGCCUCGCUGCUGGCCCCUGCCUUUGAAGGGGACGGUUACUACCUGGCCGUGGGUGGGGCUGUGGCCCAGCACAACUGGUCCCACAUCACCACGGUUCUGCAGGACCGGAAGUUCCGGUGCCAGCUCAUCGACAGCUCCGAGGACCUGGGCAUGAUCAGCAUCCAGGGCCCAGCCAGCCGGGCCAUUUUGCAGGAGGUGCUGGAUGCAGACCUGAGCAACGAGGCCUUCCCCUUCUCCACCCACAAGCUGGUGACAGCCACCGGGCACCUGGUCCGGGCUAUGCGGCUGUCCUUUGUCGGAGAGCUGGGCUGGGAGCUGCACAUUCCAAAGACGUCCUGUGUGCCUGUGUACCGGGCUGUGAUGGCUGCUGGUGCCAAGCAUGGACUCGUCAAUGCAGGGUACCGUGCCAUCGACUCCCUGAGCACUGAGAAAGGCUACCGGCACUGGCACGCGGACCUGCGGCCGGACGACAGUCCCCUGGAGGCAGGCCUGGCCUUCACCUGCAGGCUGAAGUCGCCUGUACCCUUCCUGGGGCGGGAGGCGCUGGAGCAGCAGCGGGCCACGGGCCUCUGCCGACGCCUGGUGUGCUUCACCGUGGAGGACAAAGUACCCAUGUUCGGCCUGGAGGCCAUCUGGAGGAACGGCCAGGUGGUAGGCCACGUCCGGAGGGCAGACUUUGGGUUCGCCAUCGAGAAGACCAUUGCCUACGGUUACGUCCGCGACCCCAGUGGCGGGCCGGUCUCGCUGGACUUUGUGAAGAGUGGGGACUACAUGCUAGAGAGAAUGGGGGUGACCUACGCUGCCCAGGCUCACCUGAAGUCUCCCUUCGACCCCGACAACAAGAGGGUGAAGGGAAUCUACUGAGGGCCCAGCCGCCAUGCCCCACCCCGUGUCCUCCAGCCAUGCCCACAGGUCCCAAAUGGCCCUGGACCCUGGACCCGGCCAGAACUUGGGCCCUCCCUGUCCCUAGUCUAGGCCUAGUCCUGCUAAAACCCCCAAACCAGAUAUGGACAGAGACCAAGAGGGCCCAUCCUGGGGUCACUGAUCAGAAGGUGUCAAUCCACCCAAUCCUCCCAGAAAUCAAGCCUGAAACUGGCUUGGGCUCAGGGACCACGGCUUAUAACCCUCUUCAGGCUUCUAGAAGGUGCUUAGUAAAUACUUGAUAAGCCCCACAUGAAAACAGGGAGGCAAAUAGGCUUCAUCUUUUACU